AGAGAGAGAGGAGAGGGAAAAGGAGAAUGUCAAACCAUCAGAAGAUCACAUGUGUGUCUUCGUCCCAUCAGAAUCUGGUGGAGAAGCUAAUGCAACUCCAGGAGAGGUUCUCCCAUCUCCAGGCUGCUAGGAAGGAAGGGAGGGUUAAUGAUCAUGCGGUUUUGGAAGCUCAGAUCUCGCAGAAUCUUCGUGAGUGGCAAGCUGAGCUCACUGCUCCUUCUCCUGAAUGUUCUCUUCUGGGUGGAAGUAUUAGUCAUUUCUCUGAGGAGAUAGCUCGUUUGUUGAAACUAAACGACGAAGAGGAUGAUGCUACUAGUUCGUUAAAGGAGCAUGAUGCGCCUAAGCCUGACGGUUUCGAUCAAAGCUUGUGCCCCCCUCCAGAACAUUGGGAAUGGAUAGAUGAGCCUUUUUGUCAAAGUCCUUUCAACGUCAAUUUCUCCUGUGGUUUUGAGGAAGCUGUUAAUAACAACACCCAACCACAUGACCAGCAACUCCACUUUGCAUUUCAAGAGUUCGACCCAAGCAUAAACACCGCUCCUGAUUUCCAUGUCCAGAACAACUUGGAUAUAGCUUCUCAGUUGGAUUACCAUCUCUCAGAAGUGCGUCAGGAGUUCAACAGCAGCCCUUCCGUCAAGCUUGACGCGUCUGAGAACUACACUGACUUCACUACUCCACAAAGUGUCUGUGUGCCUCCUCCUCCUUCUGCCUUUUUGGGACCGAAGUGUGCUCUAUGGGACUGCACAAGGCCUGCUCACGGAUCUGACUGGUACCUUGACUACUGCAGUGACUACCAUGGGAAUCUAGCUCUGAACGAAGAUUCCCCUGGCACAGCACCUGUUUUAAGACCAGGAGGCAUUAGUUUGAAAGAUAAUCUCUUGAUUGAUGCUCUUCGUGCAAAGACUCUUGGUAAGAAUGUUGGCAUCCCGGUGUGUGAAGGAGCUGUUAACACAAAAUGCCCAUGGAACGCAGCAGAGCUAUUUCAUCUCGAGCUGGUUGAGGGUGAAACGAUUAGAGAGUGGCUAUUCUUUGACAAACCGAGAAGAGCAUACGAUAGUGGAAACCGGAAGCAGAGAUCGCUCUCAGAUUACAGCGGAAGAGGGUGGCAUGAAUCGAGGAAACAGCUGAUGAAAGAGCAAGAAGGGCAGAAGAGAUCUUACUACAUGGAUCCACAGCCUCCUGGUCUCUUCGAGUGGCAUCUCUUCGAAUACCAGAUCAACGAAUCCGAUGUGUGUGCGUUGUACAGACUAGAGCUCAAACUAACAAAUGGGAAGAAGUGUCCCAAGGGAAGAGUCGCGAAAGACCCUCUAGCUGAUCUGCAGAAGAAGAUGGAGAAGAUGGGACAGUUGACACCUGAGGUGGCUUCGGACAAACCCUCUCCUCCAACAAAAGGUCGUACAAAGUCUACCAAAGGAGUUAAGGUAGCAACUCAAGACACUCCGGUUCCUGCAACAGUAGCAAACGAGCCAUCAUCACAUCAGUGAUGGUUUUCAGUCUCUGCUUUUACCUGACUACUAGUUAACCUCUUUGAUGGUUAGUGUUAAUAGGGAGAGGAGUAUCUUUGGCCCUUCUUUACUGUAGAAUCUGAGAUGGUUUGUAAAUUCAUUUAGCUUCGUUUGUUUACUCUAAAACCAUUAGGAUCUUGUCAAAAAAGUUUGUAACUCUCCUGUCAUGUUUCCGUAUUCCAAAAUGCUUUUGAAGCUC